CCUUACAAUCAGUCAACCGUGACAUCUAGGAUAAAAAUAAGACCUUAACACACAAAAGGCAGAAUAAAUAAAUAAUUUCAAGUAUUGGUGUUAAAAGUUGUUGAUAUAUUGGAUUACAAAAUGAGGAACUAUAGUUUAUUUAUCAGUAUUUUAAUUACAGUUAUAUCAGUUUCUGUGGCGCAAGUCAGCACAACAACAAAGAAGAAAGGUUGUAGUGGUUAUGGUUUUCAAAUAUGGUUGAGUUGUAUUACUGACCCAUGUGUAUUUUCGAAUUGUCCAGCGUUUGGCAAGAUGGCAACAUGCAGUAAAGAAGUAACGGAUGAUUGUAAGCAUUGUAGAGCCACGUUCUCAUUGAAUGGAAGACGAGUUGAUCAUUUGUGUCAUACAAACUUCGAAUGUCCGGAAGGGUUACCUCUUCAACGUUGUUCUAUUGACCCCUGUGUCAGUACUGAAUGUUUGGAGCCAAAGUUUCAAGGAGCUAGGUGUCGAGGUUAUUAUUGUGGAGCAUGCUUAGCAGAAUACUACGUUGAAGGCAGAUGGCAACAGUGUCCAAAUCCUGAUGUUAAACUUCAAGGAGAUGCUGCAUUACUGUUACCUGAGAUUCAAAGAGCAAUGAUACAAUUUCCCACAAAUAAUAGAAGGAGAACAGGAAGUUCUAGUCCAUUAGCUCUAGGCUCAUGCCCAGAUGGAUCACCGGAACCGGAAUGUCCAGCAAACGUGUGCGCACGCUCCGAGUGUCCACAAUUUACAACUGCACAAUGUGUGGUAAACAAGUGUCAAGGAUGUAAGGCGGAGUUUUACUUCAGAGGUCAACUAGUGAACUGUCAAUCAAAUAAAUGUCGCCGUAAUGUAUUGGAAAUGCAUUGUCCUGACGAUCCAUGUAAAUAUGCUACCUGUCCGUUAUUUCCAGCGGCUGAAUGCCGACCAAGUAGCUGUGGAUACUGUCACCCUGAGUGGUUUGUCAAUGAAAAACAGGUUAACUGUUUCUCCAGAAUGCCCGACAAUUAUCAAUGUCCAAACGGUCUUAAACAACAGCAAUGUCCAAGAAACACUUGCCGGUUCAAGAGAUGUUUAACCGAUGCUGACACUUUUUGCAGAAUAAAUAAUUGUGGAGGUUGUUACGCUGAAUACGUGAACACAAAGAAUGAAAUUGUUGCGUGUGAAGGAUGGUGGACUACAUAUGAAACUAAGAAGCCAAAAGAACUCAUUCAAGUGGAAGAUUCUCCAUCCCGUAUAACUUCUGCAUCGACCGGUGUACCAAAACCAUCGACCAAAGCGGACGAGGCAAUGACCGAGGCUAAGAAACAAAUGGAAAUCGAUGCCUUAUUUGGAAAUCUAGGACUUGAGGUUCCUUCAAAUUCAAAAAUAGUCUCAAGUUCCGUAAACUCUAAUCCAAUGGGUAACAAUCCAUGGGAGACAACUGAUACAAAACAAAGGGAGGCAACCCAAAACAAUAUCAAUCUAAUCUCUAAACAAACUGCCGAUACCGCAAGACCUUUGGUGACGUCAUCACAAACUCUACAUGCAACGAAUAUAAACAGAAACACAAUAAUAAAAUCACCAAGAAUUGUUCCUGAAAGGAAAACAGAAGAAAUAAAUAUACCGAAACAAAUUGAUGAAAAUAAACAACAAAUACCAUCAAAAACUUGGGGAAAUGACAAAGUGAAAACUUCUCAAAGUGGACCGAAACCCGUUACUAGAAGUUCCAGAACUAGAGAACCAUCAAGACCCUUGAGUAGAAAUGCCGGAAACGUAGAACCGUCAAAACCCAUUACUAGAAAUACCGGAAACAAAAAACAGUCAAAAUCCUUGACGAGUGACGCCGAGAACAGAGAACCGUCACCAAUGGAUUUGUUCAGAUCAAUUGCUAUCCCUCUUGAUUCUCUCAACAAAGGUUCUAAUUUUAGACCAGGGGUACCUAUAGGAGGAUUUAGAUUCACACAGCGAUGAAAAAACUGGAAUAUAACAAUAUUUAUUCUACAAACCAAGAAAUCCAAAGAGUGUUGAAUGUUGUUUCGUCCAGGAGUCUAGGUCAUGUUAAAUGUUGUUUCGGCAGUUUUGUACUUCAGUCUUAUGCUAUCUUGUAUGUCUUUUCGAUAAUCGAUAAUUGGACAGCUCUUUAUCACAUGAUUAUUUGUACAAACCUAUCACGUGAUAGCACACAACUAGACCAAAGUGUGCAAAACAAAUGCAGAUUCCAAAUUACAAAACUUGGAUUUAUACUGUUUGAAUGUGUAUUAUGUUAUGACCUAUUUGUAAAUUUAUUACAUUAUUUUGUUUUUCUUUAUCCGUCAGAUUCGUAUUUAGCUGGACUAAUCAAGUCCACCUCUUUUUCUCAAAUAAAAAUCCGUUUACAAAUGAUAAUUUUGCAAAAAAGCAAACAAAAACUAUGUUUCAACAAUUUUGUCAUUUUGUAAUGUCCUAUCAACUGUAAGGUUUUAGUAAUUUAUAACCUUUGUAAUUAUUGCGCUAUACGUUAUGAUUUUUACGUUGUACGUUGUAAUUAUUGUGCUAUACGUUGUAAUUAUUGCACUAUUCGUUGUAAUUAUUGUGGUAUAUGUUGUAAUUAUUGCGUUAUACGUUGUAAUUAUUGCGCUAUACGUUGUACUUGUUGCACUUGACGUUGUCUCAUUUUUCACGUUUAUUUGUAAAUAAAACUAUACUAUUUAAUUAAAUUUCUAUUAGUUAA